AUGGGUAGUAGUAACGGGAUGAAGAGAGCAGCACAGGGCGAUAAGAAUUUUCAAUGCAACGAGCGGGCAAUGAAAUGGGUAGCACUGAAGAUAUUUCCAACGGGGAAAUGCAGAGGGGAUGGCGCGCAGUGGGGCUGCAGCGGAGGAACUAGACGACUAAAAUAUGGUGACACCAAGGUAUGGAUUACAGACUCAGAAAGUUCUGAAGACAAUGAAUUCACGACACAGAGGGAAGAAAGCAGCGCCAUAAAAAAAGUAAGACCGAUUCAUCAAGGAUUCAGAACACAGUUCACAGGGUUCAGAAAAUUCACACAAGAGUUCACAAGAUCGCAGAGAAUCCACAAGCGAACACAAAGGUACAACCAUUCUGAUAGUUCUCAGGAGAGCAGAAGUCCAUCUGAUUCAAGGGAAAGAAAGAGAAAGAAAGACAAAAAGAAAAAGAAGCACAGAUCAAGGUCAAGGUCACCUGUAGUACGAAAGAAGAAAAGACGUGAAAAAAGCAGUGAAUCAUCAGAAACAGAUGAUGAUAGUAGGGAUAGAGGAAAAAUGUCAAGGUCAUCUCGGUUGAGUCAGGAAGAAGUUGACAAAAUGCGGGAAGAAAUGAGGAGAAGAAAAGAAAUCAUUAAAGCAACAGAGGCCCCUGAGGAGAAAAGAGCUCGAAGACUUGCUAAAAAGGAGGCCAAAGAGAGAAAAAGAAGAGAAAAGAGUGGCUGGGAUCAAGAAUAUAUGGGUUACACAAAUGUAGACAAUCCAUUUGGUGAUGAACAUUUAACAGAAACAUUUGUCUGGUCAAAGAAGAUAUCAAAGGAGGGAAAAGAAGCAUUAGACCAUGAAGAAAUUCACCAGAUGACCAAGAAAAAGAUGGAAGAAACCAGAGUAUAUAAUAAAAUUAAACUUUUGAUCUAUAGUCAGUUGAGGGAGAAACAAUGUCUGGCUGUUAAAGGCAGGUGGCUGUUGAAGACAAGAUGAAAUUAGAACAAAAAGUCAAAUUUGGAAGUCAGCUAAAGUGAGAUCAAACUAUAGGUGGAUUGUGAUUGUUGUUGACCUGGUACAAUGUAGUGUGCAUUGAAGGUGAACAUAACAUCCCAAUGA